GCUUUGUGGCACGCUCUUUGUAAGUAUGUGGGACUUAAGGAUGUGUAUGGCGUCUCUGUUAGAAUUUUUUUUUCACUAACACUUAUUCAGAGGUUUAAUAGCGUGCUGUUAACAUUACAAAUCAAAAAUCGAUUUAUAACCAUGGUAAAUGACAGAAGGAGGUUUCAUGAAAGUGUAAAAUAUUUCGGAAUGGGACGCGUCCAAAGGGAUUCUAGCCGCUCUUCUAAUCACGACACCGCAACAAGGAAAAAGUGGCAAAGAGGACCAGGAUACCAAUAAAGUACAGUUUAGACCGCCCGUCAGACGAGCAGAAGAGGGAAGUCAAUCAAACCGUGCCUCUUCACUGUGUAGUGCACUUCAUAUUCGACCAGCUGUUGCCGCAGGCUCCCACGGACACCAUGGUUUCUGCUCCUCUGAACAGAUGAGAGUGUAGGGUCGCUUCAACUGAGCAGCUACGAGCAGUGUGCGAUAGACGAGCGUAGCUGCGUGGCUCACUAAAACAAAUCCAGUGUUUCUAUUGUCUAAAAUCCAGUAGUCUACAAGAUGGGGCAUCCUCCUCUGGAGUUUAGUGACUGCUAUCUGGACAGCCCGGACUUUCGAGAGACUCUCAAGUGUUAUGAACUGGAGCUGGAGAGGACAAGCAAAUUCCUCAAAGAGUUGAUAAAAGAUGGCAACAGUGUUAUCACUGCAAUCAGGGGCUAUUCUUUGGCAGUACAGAAGUUCUCCCAGACUCUCAGCACGUUCCAGUUCGAUGUCAUCGGUGACUCCCUGACAGAUGAUGAGAUUAACAUUACUCAGUCGUUCCAGGAGUUCGCUGGACUCCUGCAGGAAGUAGAGCACGACAGGAUGAUGCUGGUUCAGAACGCCUCCGAUCUGCUCAUCAAGCCGUUGGAGAAGUUCAGAAAGGAGAAAAUAGGAGUAACAAAAGAAAAGAAAAAGAAGUUUGAGAAAGAGAGUGAAAAAUAUUACUCCCAGGUAGACAAACACCUGAAUCUUUCUGCCAAGAAGAAAGAAAGUCAACUUCAAGAGGCUGAUGACCUCCUAGACAAAGAGCGAGUGAACUUCUAUGAAUCGUCAGUGGAGUAUGUGUACCAGAUCCAUCAGGUGCAGGACAGGAAGAAGUUUGAUGUGGUGGAGCCUGUGCUGGCGUUUCUGCACAGCAUUUUAACGCUCAACAACCUGACGGUGGAGAUGACUCAGGACUUCAUGCCUUACAAGCAAGAACUGCAGCUCAGCUUGCAGAACACACGAAACCACUAUGAGAGCACUCGCGAGGAGAUGGAGGAGCUGAUGAAGAGAAUGAAACACCCAUCCCAGAUCUGUAAAAUGCACAGUUUUCUGCCGAUGGAGGGUUAUCUGUACUGUCAGGAGAAGUGGGCUUUGGGCGUGUCAUGGGUCAAAUAUUAUUGCAAGUAUCAUAAGGAGGGGAGACUGCUGGUCAUGGUGCCUUGUGAACAGAAGCCUACAACUAAACAGGGCCCUACACAGCUGAAGCUGAAAUCCUGCAUCCGCCGGAAGACAGAGUCCAUAGACAAGCGCUUCUGCUUUGACGUGGAAACUAUCGAGAGAAACACACCCGUCACUUUCCAGGCUCUUUCGGAGGGAGAGAGGAAGCUGUGGAUGGAGGCCAUGGAUGGAAAAGAGCCUAUCUAUCAUUCCCCAAUUCACAAGCAAGCUGAAAUGGAACUGAAUGAAACUGGAUUCAAGUUUGUGCGAAAGUGCAUCAACUACAUCGAAACAAAAGGAGUCACACAAGAAGGAGUGUACAGAACAGUUGGCAGCAACAUCCAAGUGCAGAAGCUUUUAAAUGCCUUCUUUGACCCCACAAACCCAGGAGAUGUGGAUCUCCACAGCAGCGACUGGGACGUUAAAACCAUCACAAGUGCAUUGAAGUUUUAUCUAAGGAGCUUGUCUGAACCUCUGAUGACCUACAGUCUACACAGAGACCUCAUGUGUGCUGCAAAGUCAGAUAAUCUGGACUUUCGACUGAGUGAAAUUCAUUCGCUUACCUACAAAAUACCAGAGAAGAAUCGGGAGAUGCUGGAGAUGCUUAUUAAACACUUGGUCAAUGUGUGCAGUCACAGUGAAGAAAACCUAAUGACUCCUUCAAACAUGGCUGUUAUCUUCGGACCCACAUUGAUGAGAGCAAAGGAGGAGACAGUGGCGGCCAUGUUGGAUAUCAAGUUCCAAAAUAUUGUCGUUGAGAUUCUGAUUGAGGACUACAAAAAGAUCUUCAGUUAUAUGCCAGAGGACAGCACCGCCCCACCUGUCCCUCCUCCGCGAAUCACCCCAAGAAAGCGGCAACCCAUCACAAUCUCCAAGCGGCCACCUCGUGUUUAUCAAGCUCUUAGUCACGACCACUUUCAGCACACAGAGAAUGGCCAGAACGACAGCUCUGGCUUGGAAGGGGAAGUCUCUACAAACCCCGUUCCCCUGCAGCGGACAAAACCUGCAAGCUGUGCUCCACUUGUUCCAAGAGACCCUCCUCCGAGACAAGUAUUAAUACCCAGACCAGCUAACCGUCAGGACCGACACUCAGACCCUGACGUUGGCAAGAUAAGUGAUACAAAGCAAAGGCCAGAUUCUUCUUCAGCGGCAAAUGGGGAAUCUGGAGUCUAUGUGAGCAGAGUACCAUCCUUCCAGAGCAGAAGACCACCUCCUAAAGGCACAUCAGCCAACAGAGAAGGAGAUUCUGAUGGGCUGACCAGAACGAAGUCCACAGAGAAACAUGCUAUUUGUAGACCCCCAGUCAGGCCUCCUGAGCCCCCCUCCAGAUACCCCGCUCCACAAAAGACACAGAGUGCAGCCUGCAGCGAGGGCACACCCUCGUCCUAUGUUGCCUCUAAAACUAAGUUUUUUGAGAAUGCCUCUAGGCAAGUCGGCAGUCCACCGGCCUCUCCAUCACCAUCAUCAGCAGUGACAAAUGUAAAAAAAGAGAAUUAAUGUUAAGCAGACUCAGACCACAUCAUGUGACCUCUACAUGUGCUGUUGGGUGCACAUCAAGCUGGAGGGAGACACCACUAAUGAACUCAGUGGAUCUUGAUCUUAUCGGAUAGACUGAAGAAAUGGCUCUCCAUAGAACUUAAUGGAUAUUUUUGAUUCCAUUUGAUUUUUAAUAUUAAGAAUGGUGUUGUAAGGUAACACAGUAGCAAACUGACUUGUGAAUGAGCUCCCAAAGUAAUUGGCUCAGUGUUUGAUUGUUGUUCCAAAGUUAGGAAGAAGUAACAGUACUAUUUUAAUAAUUUUACAAUAUUUAAUAGUCAUUUUACAGUGUUAAAAAGUUUGAAUGGCCAAUUUCAAUGGAGGGAACAAACUGCUUAAACUGCUUAUAACAGCUUACUUUGAUGUCUUCUUGUCUACACUCUUAAUGCUUGUUUUUAGCAUUGUAAAAUAGAUCUCCCAAAGAAUAAUAAUUCAUACAAAUGGACUAAAUGUAAUCAUUAUUCAUAUGAAAAUGUGAAAUAAUAGUCUCAAUGUUAACAUGUAAUGGUCUGUCAAGGAACUGCAUGAAGCAAAUUAAUUUUAAGCUACAUCUAUGAAUAAUUAUUUCUGUGGAUGCUAUUUCAGUUGGUCCAUUCAAAAAGUAUUUAUUAGUAGUAAUAUUUAAAUCAAAAUCUGAAUCAUGUAUGUCAGUGGAGACAUAAGAUGUCAUUAAAAUAUAAGUCACUUUUUAAGAGGCAUUACAAAAAACGUGUUUUGCUAUAAAGUGUCAGCCUGUAUUCCAGUCAGUGUAGUUUGAAUUUACACUGAAUAUAAUGGUAGUGUAAGUUUAAUUGGGAAUUACUGAAACUGAUUUACUAGUGUACAUUGCCUCACUUCUGACCUAAUGUAGGUAGGCCAGGUUGUACAGGAGAGUCUUUGAAGUUUAUCUUAAUUUGUUACACCUCAAAUGUAUUGUUGGGAUUAAAAAGCAUGUCUAAUAUGAAACAAAAGUGAUCAUUACAAUAUGUGAAAAUAACUGUUGUUUUUAUUUGUUUUGUUCUUAUAAUGGUUAUGUUAAUUUUACACUUGUUUAUUUUUGGUUUUGGUUUUUGAUAACCCAACUUGAAAAUUCUGGUUGUUGUCUGGUUGUUUUAUGUUUUUUUUUUUUCAAAAAGGAAAAUAAACAUGAAGAGUUCUUAA